AUGUCUUCAACAGCAACGGCGACUGUUGCCCAAUCUUCAACUCACCUGUCUGUCUCUGAAAAGGAUACUUCUUACGUCCCCCGUGGGCCUGUGGAAGCGGAGAUCUCCUUCUCGAUCCCUCCGAGUGACGGAUCUCGGCCAUAUCAAUAUGUUGAGACUCCACAAGGGGAGCAAACUCGCAACUACCAUGACGAUGGCCACUCAGUCACAAUAACUGACAUUCGUCACAAUGAAUCUCAGUUCAAACUGGACUACAACGCCUUUGAGGCUCUCGGAAACAUUCACUCCGCAGCGGAGCCGUCUUUCACCGACGAGGAGAACAUAAAGUCAGUGUACUAUCCAGAGGUUGAGAGGCUGAUUCUCGACAACGUUCCCGGCGCAAAUCGCGUUUUCAUCUUCGACCACACAAUCCGCCGCUCGCAUUCAGGUGCCAAACGUACGCCAGCCUUGAAAGCACAUAUAGACCAAACCCCGGCCUCGGCAGAGGCGCGGGUUAGGUACCACCUGCCAGAGGAAUCAGAGCAACUUCUGAAGGGCCGCUAUCGCAUCAUCAACGUGUGGCGCCCAAUAAAUGGGCCCGUACAAGCAUACCCUCUUGCCUUUGCAAAGGCAACAUCGGUUAGUGAUCAGGACAUCAUGCCUGUCGAGCUUCGGUAUCCCAACCGAAACGGGGAAACGGCUGCUAUUAAGUAUGCGGAUGGCCAGGAAUGGCAUUACUGGUCAGGCAUGACGAAUGAUGAGAGGUUGUUGCUGAAAUGCGCGGAUUCCAAGGAUGUUCCGGGGAAACGGGUACCGCAUACUGCUUUUGUCGAUCCCAGAACUCCUGCCGGUGCGCCUGAGAGGGAGAGCAUUGAAGUCAGGACUUUGGUAUUUGGUUGA